AUCAUCAGCAUCCUUAGCAGCAACAGCAGCAGCAGCAGAUCCUGUCCGAAGUCCCAUCGGUACCGAACCCAGCCGUGACCACCACCGCCGCCGAACAACACUCUGGGGAUUUAUUUCGGAUUUACCGACAACCCUUUCCAUUCGUAUCCCGAGCUGCUGCUGACUUGGUCCCGGUGGACGUCCCGGCUUCUGUCCGUGCGAUCUCUCCGCUUAUGGGCCUCGUAAGAACCCAAAUUUCCACCGAGGAGACCCGAACUGAACAUCCCAGAGAUGAAUUCACGUCCUCCUUUCCAAUCCACAACUCGAGCGGACGGAGGAUUUUCUUGUUGUUGGAUGCUGCAGUAGAGUCCAAUUGCCGAUUAUUUCAUUAUUUUUAGAGUCAAAACGCCGACCGGAUUGGAUCUGAUCCGGUUCGGUUGAGUAAGACCCUUUAAACAUCUAUUUUUUUUCAAGACUUAUAAAAGAAACCUGCGGCGAAUAUCAAGAAGACGGUGGAUGUAACAUAUACAAAUUACCAGGAAAAUCCAGGAAACACUGCUGAACUUUUAAGAGGCAAGACUUCAGCCAAACCUGUGUAUGAUCAGAAUUCAGAGGAUACCUUGCAUUUCCAGUUUUGAAGACCAACCCAGUUCCCUGAAGGUGACCAGGGAUGGAACGUAACAGAACAAUGAUUCUGGAAACAUUUUGGAAUACUCUGAGGUGGACACAGCUCUGAGCUGGCCCCAACAGACUGGUUUAGAUUUCCUAUCCAGCACCCAGGAACCCACCAACCCUCCAGAGCACAGCCCACCCGUCCGAAUUUCCUUCACUUCUAGACACUCACUAGCUGGACAUUCUGUCUACACCGCAUCUGAAGUGACUCAAAGCUGGUGUGAGACCAGACGUAAACCAGUCAUGAACCCGCUUGUUUUGAGUAAACGAAGUGGUUGGGGCCCACACGCCAAGAGAUGCAGCCCCAUGACAGAUUGGUGCCUGUUAGGUCUUGCUCUUUUCCUCAACAUAGCCUGGAGUCAGAAGUUAGACCCGUCAAAACAUCCUGUAGUCACAACCAACUACGGUAAGCUCCGAGGAAUCAAGAAAGACCUAAACAACGAAAUCUUGGGUCCGGUGGAGCAGUACCUGGGAGUGCCCUACGCCACGGCACCCAUUGGUGACCGACGCUUUCAGCCGCCAGAGGCGCCGGGAUCUUGGCAGGAGAUCCGAAACGCCACGCAAUUUGCCCCUGUAUGUCCUCAAAACAUCCACGGUGUGCUGCCAGAAAUCAUGCUGCCUGUGUGGUUCACGGACAAUCUGGACGUGGCCGCCGGAUACAUCCAGAACCAGAGCGAGGACUGCCUCUAUCUCAACGUCUAUGUUCCCACGGAAGACGGUCCGCUCACAAAAAAACAUGACGAAUCUUCAGCCAACAAGCCUCGAGACGAAGACAUCCGAGAUCGCCGGAAGAAGCCAGUGAUGUUGUUCAUCCACGGAGGAUCCUACAUGGAGGGAACUGGCAACAUGUUUGACGCGAGCGUGCUUGCUGCCUACGGGAACGUCAUCGUGGUGACCAUGAACUACCGUCUGGGAGUGCUUGGGUUUCUUAGCACCGGGGACCAGUCUGCUAAAGGGAACUACGGUCUGCUGGACCAGAUCCAGGCUCUCCGCUGGCUCAACGAGAACAUCGGCCAUUUUGGAGGAGACCCUGAAAGGAUCACCAUCUUUGGCUCUGGCGCUGGAGGCUCGUGUGUCAACCUGCUCAUCCUGUCCCAUCACUCUGAAGGACUCUUUCACAGAGCCAUAGCCCAGAGCGGUACCGCCAUCUCCAGCUGGUCUGUCAACUACCAGCCUCUCAAAUAUACCAAGAUUCUGGCCAGGAAAGUAGGCUGCACCUACUCUGAGACAGCUGACCUCGUGGACUGCCUGAGGCGCAAGAACUUCCGAGAGCUGGUGGACCAGGAUAUUCAACCGGCCCGCUAUCAUAUUGCCUUUGGGCCUGUGGUGGAUGGAGACGUGGUUCCUGAUGAUCCUGAGAUUCUAAUGCAACAGGGCGAGUUCUUGAACUACGACAUGCUCAUUGGAGUAAAUCAAGGGGAGGGGCUAAAGUUUGUGGACGACAGCGAGGACAGCGACGGAAUCUCUGCUGCAGCAUUUGACUACACCAUCUCCAAUUUCGUGGACAACCUCUAUGGCUAUCCAGAAGGUAAGGACAUCUUGAGAGAAACCAUCAAGUUCAUGUACACAGACUGGGCUGACAGGGACAACGGCGACAUGCGCAGGAAGACACUGCUGGCUCUUUUCACUGACCACCAGUGGGUGGCACCAGCUGUUGCCACCGCCAAACUUCACGCUGAGUUCCAGUCGCCAGUUUAUUUCUACACCUUCUACCACCACUGCCAGACAGAGACACGACCGGAGUGGGCAGACGCGGCCCAUGGAGACGAAAUACCGUACGUCUUUGGCGUACCCAUGAUCGGAGCAACUGAUCUAUUUCCCUGCAACUUCUCCAAAAACGAUGUGAUGUUGAGCGCUGUGGUCAUGACCUACUGGACCAAUUUCGCCAAGACUGGGGAUCCCAACCUACCAGUUCCUCAAGACACCAAAUUCAUUCACACCAAACCAAAUCGCUUUGAGGAAGUUAUCUGGACCAAAUUCAACUCAAAAGACAAGCAGUACCUUCACAUUGGGCUGAAACCUCGAGUCAGGGACAACUACCGCGCUAACAAGGUGGCCUUCUGGUUGGAGCUUGUCCCACAUCUGCACAGCCUCCACGAAGAGCUCUUUCCCACGACUACACGCUCUCCUCAUGGCCCUGGUCCUGGAACCCACAGACCCUGGUCAAGAACACCAGGCACUCGGAGCACUCGCCAGCCCUACCCAACCCUCCCACCAGAUCUCGACAUUGAGGGUUCAGAACGUCCCCAUCAGGAUCUGUUCCCUGGAGAUACACGGGACUACUCCACUGAGUUAAGUGUAACGGUAGCGGUGGGGGCGUCGCUGCUCUUUUUGAACAUCCUGGCCUUUGCUGCGCUGUACUACAAGCGCGACAAACGGCACGAGAUGCGGCGCCAUAGGUUGUCCCCUCAGCGAGGUGGGACGGCGAAUGACCUUGCUCAUAGUCAGGAGGAGGAGAUAAUGUCGCUACAAAUGAAGCACUCUGAGCAUGACCCGCACCAUGACAUGGAGCCGCUGCGGCCCCAUGACAUCCUGCGACCCUCCUGCCCUCCUGACUACACUUUGGCACUACGUCGCGCUCCAGACGAUGUACCGCUGAUGACGCCGAACACCAUCACCAUGAUUCCAAGCACCAUCACCAGCAUGCAGCCUCUUCAUGCCUUUAAUACCUUCCCCACCACUGGCCAUAACAACACCUUGCCCCACCCCCACUCGACCACUCGAGUAUAGUAGGGUCUGGCUCAACACAUCGCCACUUAAGGACCAGUGAUGCUGGCUAACUCUCUGGAAGAGAGGUCUCUUGGAUGUGAGCCUUCAUGUGUGCCGUUGUUCUCUAGUUUCUUCAAAAACAGCUUUGUGUAUGCUGUUAGCAACACUAGUGGCGGUUUGGAGGAACUGCACGGUGACUGUGUUUUGAUCUUGUAGAGACAAAAAAAAGUCUGAAAAAUCUGUCUGAUGGACCCCUCUUGCAAGUUUUCAUUUUCGUUUCUUUGGCACCAUUUAUCGUUUCUCUGUGCAUCUAUCAUCCUCUUUUCCCAAUCCGCAACUUCCUUUGUUCACCUUGUAAUUCAGCCGCUCCUUGGCUCUGAUGGACACAUUGUGGGGAGGGACCUGGGAGUGUGUAUUCCAGCGAUCAAAACUCCUAAAACGUUCCGACGUUCUACCAGCAUUCUCGGUGCCAAGUUGUAUUUCUGUGUCUCAUAAGGGAAGAACUGUUUACCAUCAACUAACUGAUGCUGUGUGUUCUCAUGACCAAGUGCCAAAACUGGCCCUCGAUUGUGUUUUAUUUUCAAAUUAUGUUUGCAUUUGUUUAAAUGUUGUUGCUCUUUUGUGGAAAUAAUUUUGCCGGAAAAAAAGAUCUAGCUAUAGAGAAAUGAUAUAUAUACUUCUAUAUAAAUGUGUACAAAAGAGAAAGUAUAUUAAGGGUUUCUGUUCCAUAGCGGGGCUCUAUGCAUGUGUUAUUUUUUAAAAUUCUGAGGGUGCGGUGUUAUGCGGGCGGGUGGGUUCUGUAUCAACCAAUGCACGUUUCCCAAAUCUAAUUAAAUCACAUCCACCCUUUUCAAAUCAAUCGGUCUUUGUUUUAUGCCGCAAUAAUCAACGUUGAAGGAGCACGACUUUUCCUUUGACUCAUUAAAGACUUGACUUCCAUAACCGCCACGAAGAGCGCAGACAUAGAAGCUGGGAGAUACAAGGGGGGGUGAGACAUCUGAGAAAAGUCAUCUGGAGGGAGCACAGACUUCAGGACGGAGGCCGACAUUACACAAGUAACUCGUGCAACUCUGACAUGACAAGUAAGCAGUAUAAAGAGGAGGGAGGUCUUUUUUUAACAUCAGUUAUCGCCUCCAACUGAGUAGGUGAGGAGUUCUCCUCCUCGAUCUUGAAAUGAGGCCAUGUUGAAGAGCCCCUUAAUAAAGCAUGUGAUGUGGGAAAAUGUUUGUCCAGCAGGGACUGCAGUGAUGCUAUAUUCUUAAUUGUCUGAAACAUGUUUGUUCCAGUCCAUCACGUUCAUGUCUCUGUAUCUGUCGAGGUCCUGGGCUGAGGACGGCCCGGCGGGUUCUUAUCUCACGCUUCGGAAUGAGACUUACAGGGUUCCAAUUGUGACGCUUGAGAAUCGAGCCGCGGCGGUGACAGCCAUUCAGCAGCGAUUUAACGUUUCAUUUUCAUAACAGUCGUGCUGGAUUUCUGAGAAAAAAAAAAACUAAUUCAUCUCUAUCCCAAACACAUCUGUGUGAGCAAGUGAUUUAGAGAUGUGAAAGCUGGAGGACCAAAUGAGGUCCCACCGUCCUGUUCCAUUCUCCGCCCACUCACCGUCAUCAUCAUAAUCCCCCCCGCUCCACGUCAAGCUACAUCUGCUUUGUCCAGGAAAACUCACCUCGCUCUGUUGCAACAUCGCCGUUUCUGACCUCAGUUCAGCUCCAGUCCCCUGUGGAGUGUCAAAGGAGAGACAAUAUUUGACCAGUUUUGAAUUAAGCACAGCAGGUGGACCCACAGGGGUCACAUGGAGCUGCAAGUUUGGCCGGGGACUUGGGACAAGACGCUGCUUCCCUUUCAUGUUUCUUGAAUGAGAGUAUUCUGGUUUAUUUGUGCCCGGCGGGCUCAAGGUAGCCUUUAUCUGACGUUGGUCAAUGGUGCUGUCUUUGCUCGUGCUCUAGCUUUAGCUUGUUUUCUACUUUAUAUCUGAAGAGGCAGAGGGAUCAAACCUUUCUGCUCCUGGGUGGACAUUUUAUAAGCCAACUGGAAGAGGACAGAUGGACGUGCUAACCAAGUGACGGACACUGCACCCUGCACAUGGAAGCUUCGCCAGGGCGACGGCGAGACUAGCGAUCUUGAACUCCCAAGGUCAGAACAAGAGAACUGGACGCUUCCCACGCCCAGGAGCGACACGUAUACAGACUCAAAUCAUUUGUCUUGAUCUUUUUCCCAGGCUCUAUUUUAUAAGCUAGCGAUGGAGGGCGCCAUCUUGAUCGAAUGGAAGGGAAAACUGUACAUUUUUAAAUGCAAGAAUCCAACACAAUGUGUAAAUAUUACAGUUCUGUUCUUUUGGUUAUUGUUUUAUCUGGAAGACUGAAUGACUCUAUGAUUUUGCAGUCGAAAGACGGCAGGUGCAGUUAAGGCAAAAGGGUUAUUUCCUCACAUACGACGCACUGCAGAGGAGGAUGUUUGAAUCCAGUAGCAUCCACAGUCAGCGCUGAAGGUGUGAGUGAUCACAGAGGUCACUACCCCGCUGCUGUUCUCGCUCAAAGCUGAUAUUUAAGUUGAUAGAUACAGCAUGUUCCUUCUCAUUUCUGAUGAAAUAUUCAAGCCUUGUCAGAAGAUGUCAGGUAUCUCUUCUCCUCUCUCCGGCAUAUUCAUUUCCUGCGAUGAAAAAAGCUGAAAUAAACCUGCAGGGCAGCAGAUGAUGCAGUCCCAACUUCUGGAAUGGACUAGAGGUUUUACACUUAUAUCUUGACCUCAUAAUCACUUACUCAUAACACGGCAUGUGACUUAAUUCCAGUACCAAGUUGGGAGCGAGAGCUUUCCACAUCAGUCAGUGUAACGCAGCGGUGGAAGUUGAUCCAUAUUUAUAGCUGAGCCUACAGUUUCUCUGAUCACGACACUAUCCCUGGGUGUUUCUCCUGCAGGCUGAACUGUGUCAGAGUAACUCCUCACAGGAAUGAGCGAUGAAACACCGGCUUUGCCUUUCAUUGGCGGUUUCAGGACUUUGUGGUCUGGAUGGUCGACACGUGUAGCUACUUUAUCGCUGCCGCUUAAGUGCUGUACAUACAUGAGGGCUGUCGUACCAUGAGAUGCCUCCUUUACAAGUGUUGGGAUCAAGCGUUACGCUGUGAAAUGGUUUUGUUUUUUUAAUGUGACAUGAUGUGUGCACCCAUCGAUGAGGCUGUCUUGCCCGCUCUUCUCUCUGUACGUGUCAGGUUGUGUUAGUCUUUGUGUCUGUGGCAAACCUCGGUGCCACUCGAAGCAAUCUCAGACAGCCUUCAUCAAAUGAUGGGAUUAGAUUUGGGACAAGUCCUGGGAAACUAUGAUGCUUCUCAGCCGAACUCUGACACAAAUACCCAGCAGUAGGAUCCAUCCAUCCCCCUCACCAUGGUUGAAGGCUGGUGUCCUCACAUCGGAAUCUGGCAGUGAUGACACAACAGCAUGUGCCCGGUCGGGCUCAGACUGUCUCACCCCGUCACACCCGACAUGUUCUUCAAGAUAAUAGAGACCAUCUGCCAGACCUGGAUGACCCUCUGUGUAAGGUCGGGUCACUGAUGUCAGCAUUUGCUGCCUGAAUAUCUCCUCAAAAUUCUGCAAUGGGCGGUCAACAAUCAGUCGCAAAGAAUCUCCCUCUGCAUUAGCAGUGAUGCUUCUGCUCCUAUAUUGCUUUUCUUACUGUAGUAACCAUCCAAAAAUAGAAUGGAUGGAAGAAACCUCCGGGAUGAGGCAGAACGCUUGAGCCAGAUUAGUCAGGUGUCAGGAGAGCGUUUCACUACUGCCCCCUUGUGCCUGACCUCAGUACCCCACAUGAUUAGAGCAGCAAAUGGAAAAAAUAAAAAACAAAUUUUGUACUCAGUUUGACGUCAUUUAAUGGUGCUUUGAGCUCAAAUCCAGGACAUGAAGUGUCCCUCCAACACUGACUGUUCAUGGUCAGUAUGUUCCCGGACUGCACCUGUCGUCUCUUUUUUUUUUAUGAUUCUCUGUUGACAUGAAGACAAACGUUGGGUGAAAUAUAAAGUAUAUAAAUACAGAGGUGAUGAUUUUCUGUUCUACACUGUACGCUGUGAUUCUGACCUGGAAACAUUAAAGACUCAUAGUCGCA